AUCUGAGACUCAUUAAAAGACUUUCGUUCGAUAGGGACUUCAUUGAUCUUUGAUUUCGAGAGAUAUUUUGGAAAGUACUAUCGAAUCGAAUAGUUAUUUCUUUGCACGAGGUGCAAAAUCGAGUUGCAAAGCGGAUGGACAGUCGCGAGCGAGUAUAAUUGAAGAAAAGAAAGACAAUUUUUCGGUGACUCUAUGAACAUGUUCGACACGGAGAGGUUCAUCGAGGAAAUAGAAAGGCGGCCGGCGAUCUACGAUGUGAAUCGCGGCGAGUACAACGACCGUAACGCCAAGAUGACCGCGUGGGACGAGGUCUGCCAGGUGAUGGUACCGAAUUGGGCGCGCUUGACGGACGAGGAGAGAAACGUGGAAGAGAAAAAUUUACGCGGAAAAUGGAGGAAUAUACGGGAUUACUUUAUGAAAGAGCUGAAACUUCAGAAAUCGCACAAAUCUGGGCCCGCCGGACGAAAACGGAAGAAGUACAUGUACUUUGAUCGAUUGUUGUUUCUCAUGCCAACAGUGGAGAAUAAGAGGAUUCCUACGAGUAUCAACCUUCCUUGCAAAUCGGAGGAAAGCGAGGGCGAGGUGGACAAUCCUGUGAUCGAGGAGUACGAUCCCCUUACACACGGCGGUGCCUCUAUAACAGGUACCUCUAUAACAGGUAGCCGGGAGUAUCUUCAGACGGGUACACCCUCGUACAAGGUGUGCCCGCGUUAUUCGAAACAGCUGUGCGAGACAUCCUUCACGCCGUUCGACAACGAAAUACACGACAUCCUCUCCUCACACAGCAGUCAGCGCGUUACCCUCGACGAGGAUGACUACGACAAGAUGUUUCUCCUCUCGCUGCUACCAAUCAUCAGACAGGUGCCGGAGGAGAAGAAGCUGGACGUUAGGAUACAGAUGCAGCAAGUUCUGGCCAUGGCACUCCGCCCGUCUGAUAACAAAUGAAUCGUUCAGUAUGCGUGAUUUUUCUUUUAGCAAGAGAAGAUAAUCAAAAUAUGCACUGAAUAGAAAAAAUUUUUGUAGCGACUUAUUUACAUUAUGAAUAUCUCGUGA